ACAAACAAUAACCUUGAACUUGCGUUCCUUCUUUUUCCUCUUCCUCGAAAGUGACUAGUUUAACGAAACUGAAGAGGACGAUGAAAAGGAUAACUACAAGAACUCCAUUCCCAGGUAAUCUUCCUUCUUUCAUUUUUGCCAUUCUGCAGAAUCCAAGUAGGGCAUUUCAUUCCGACGCUGUUAAUGCUAAUCCUACUUGUACGCAUACAAUUAAACAAACCCUUUUGGUGUCGGAGAGUAUGAUUCAGACUCGAUGCAAAUCUGGAAAAAUUAGGAAAGAUGAAGCCUUGGGUUACUUUUAUUCCAUGAUUCAAACCAAACCCUUGCCCUCUAUUUGGACUUUGAAUUGUUUGUUGGGGGCACUCUCCAAGAUGAAGGAAUAUUCCGCUGUGGUUUCUAUGUGUAAACAGUUGAUGGGUUGCGCUCAAUUCCGACCUGAUGUCAGUACAAUGAAUAUUUUUCUGAAUUGCUUGUGCCGGCUGAACUGGAUGAACGCUUGUUUCUCUGUUUUAGCAAUUACCCUUAAAUACGGUCUUCAACCCAAUGCUCAUUCUAUAAAUACUUUUCUUCAUGGGCUUUGCAAGAAUUGUUCCCUGGCGGAGGCAAUGGAGUUCUUCGAAGAAAUAGAAACGAAAGGAUACGCAUGCAAUGAAAUAACUUAUGCUACUAUGAUCAAUGGACUAUGCAAAGCUGGGAAAACUUCUAAGGCUCUCGAGAUACUUACGAAGAUGUGGGAAGAUGGAAGGUUCAAGCCCAACCAAGAAUGCUACAAUCCAAUCAUCGAUAGCCUCUGUAAAGAAAGACAAAUAGAUGAGGCAUUGACCCUAUUUCGAGAUAUGAUCAGCAAAAGUGUUGUACCGAAUAUUUUCAAUUAUACCACAUUGAUUCAUGGGUUAUGCAACAUGAGUCGCUGGGAAGAAGUGCUCCCUCUUUUUGAAGGAAUGGAAGAUCAUGGAGUCAGGCCAGAUGUUGUCACCUACAACACUCUAAUUUAUGCAUUGUGCCAAUCGGGGAGGUUGGAAAAGGCCAAGAGCUUCUUGAUUUGCAUGCUUAACGGCGGAAUUUCACCAGAUGUAUACACAUAUAGUGUUCUAAUGAACUCGUUGUGCAAGGAUGACAGAAUUCAAGAAGCACUUUCUCUGUUGGAAAAUAUGACAACGAAAGGCAUAAAGCCUGAUGUUGUCACUUUUAAAUCCUUGAUUUCUGCUUCAUGCAAGUGUGGUAACUGGGAAGAAUGUGUGAGGUUAUUCAAAACCAUGAUUGGUUAUGGAGCCUUGCCUGAUAUUGUUACAUACAAUUCUGUACUGGAUGGUUUAUGCAAGGAAGGGAAGACAACAGAGGCACUGAAUCUUGUCGACGAAAUGUUCCGUAGAGGGGAAAAGCCUGAUGUUGUGACUUACAGCACUUUAAUUAAAGGAUUGUGUCGUACCAGGCAAUGGAAAGAAGCCACAAGGUUAUUUGACGAAAUGGUAUGCCAUGGAAUCUUACCUGAUUUCGUAACUUUGAAGAUACUUUCGGGUGCUCUCUGCCAUGAAGUGUUGACCGAUGAGGUUCGCGAAGAAUUUAAGGCGAGAAUAGAUGGAACUUCGAAGCUUGGUAAGAAAAGGUCCAAGAAGGAUUGAUGCCUCAAAUCCUGGUCUGGAAACGGGAACAACUUUAAGAGGUUCUUUGUCCUGAUGCUUCAAAUCCUGGUCUGGAAAAGGUCCAAGAAAAACAUGUUACAUGGUUUGAAAUUUAUAUUAAUGAUAGAUUUCCAUUCACUGGGUA